UAACUGGUGUGACAGGUAUAGGUGUGACUGGGGUCACAGGUGUGACAGGUGCAGCAGGUGGAACAGGUGUAGGUGUGACUGGGGUCACAGGUGUGACUGGUGUAGGUGUGACCGGUGUGGCAGGUGGGACAGGUGUGACAGGUGUAGGUGUGACAGGUGUGGCUGGUAUAGCUGGUGUGGGUGUGACAGGUUUGACAAGUGCAGGUGUGACAGGUGUGGCAGGUCUGGGUGUGACAGGUGUGACAGGUGUGGGUGUCACAGGUGUGGGUGGGGCAGGUGUGACAGCUGUGGGUGGGACAGGUGUGACAAGUGCAGGUGUGACAGGUGGGGCAGGUGUGGGUGGGACAGGUGCGACAGGUGUAGGUGGGGUCACAGGGGUCACAGGUGUGACAGGUGUGACAAAUUUGGGUGGCACAGGUGUGGGAGUCACAGGUGUGCAGCUCCAGGUGCUGCCAGCAGCCCCAGAGGUGACCAAUGUCCAGGUGUCACCACGGUUGGAUGUCACCAAUGUGCAGGUGCAGGCCAGGGAGGUGACAGGUGGGACAGGUUUGACUGGUGUUGCUGGGACAGGUGUCACAGGUGUCACAGGUGUGACAGGUGUGGGUGUGACAGGUGUGACAGGUGUGACAAGUUUGGGUGGGACAGGUGUGACAGGUGUGACAGGUGUGGGUGUGACAGGUGUGACAGGUGUGACAAGUUUGGGUGGGACAGGUGUGACAAAUUUGGGUGCCACAGGUGUGGGUGUCACAGGUGUGCAGCUCCAGCUGCUGCCGCUGCCCUCGGAGGUGACCAAUGUCCAGCUCCAGGUGAUGCCACCCCCACCUGAGGUGACCAAUGUCCAGCUCCAGGUGCUGCCACCACCCCCCCAGGUGACCAAUGUCCGGCUCCAGGUGCUGCCACCCCCACCUGAGGUCACCAAUGUCCAGCUCCAGGCCACCGAGGUGACCAACGUCCAACUCCAGGUGGUGCCACCUCCACCUGAGGUGACCGAUGUCCAUCUCCAGGCAGGUGAAGUGACCAAUGUCCAACUCCAGGUGGUGCCACCUCCCCCAGGUGUCACCAACGUCCAGCUCCACGUGGUGCCACCCCCGCCUGAGGUGACCAGUGUCCAGCUCCAGGUGGUGCCACCCCCACCUGAGGUGACCGAUGUCCAGCUCCACGUGGUGCCACCACCUCCAGGUGCCACCAACGUCCAGCUCCAGGUGGUGCCACCCCCGCCUGAGGUGACCAAUGUCCAGCUCCAGGUGCUGCCACCACCUCCGGGUGCCACCAACGUCCAGCUCCAGGUGGUGCCACCCCCACCUGAGGUCACCACUGUCCAUCUCGAGGCCACCAAGGUGACCAAUGCCCACCUGGAGCCCAUGGAUGUGACCAGUGUCCACCUGGGAGCUGCUGAGGAGGUGCUCGAUGUCCACCUGGACACAUCAGAGGUGACCAACGUCCACCUGGAAGUGCCCAGUGUCCACCUGGAGACCACGGAGGUGACCAAUGUCCACCUGGAGACAUCAGAGGUGCCCAGUGGUCACCUGGAGGUGCCCAGUGUCCACCUGGAGACCACAGAGGUGACCAACGCCCACCUGGAGGUGCCCAAUGUCCAUCUGGAGACCACAGAGGUGACCAAUGUCCACCUGGAGGUGCCUGAUGUCCACCUGGAGAUGUCAGAAGUGGCCUCUGACCACCUGGAAGUCACUGAAGAGGUGACCAAUGCCCACCUGGAAGUGACCAGUGCCCACCUGGAAGUGACCAGUGCCCACCUGGACACAUCAGAGGUGACCAAUGCCCACCUGGACACAUCAGAGGUGACCAAUGUCCACCUGGAGGUGCCCAGUGUCCACCUGGACACUUUGGAGGUGUCCAGUGUCCACCAGGAGACCACGGAGGUGCCCUCUGACCACCUGGAGCCUCCUGAAGAGGUGACCAAUGUCCACCUGGAAGUCCCUGAAGAGGUGACCAAUGCCCACCUGGAGCCUCCUGAAGAGGUGACCAAUGUCCACCUGGAGCCUCCUGAAGAGGUGACCAAUGUCCACCUGGAAGUCCCUGAAGAGGUGACCAAUGCCCACCUGGAGCCUCCUGAAGAGGUCACCAAUGUCCACCUGGAGCCUCCUGAAGAGGUCACCAAUGUCCACCUGGAAGUCCCUGAAGAGGUGACCAAUGUCCACCUGGAACCUGUGGAGGUGCCCAGUGCCCACCUGGACACCUUGGAAGUGACCAAUGUCCACCUGGACCCACCCUAGG